AUUCUAUUGUUGAAGAACACGUUUUCGCGUUAAAACAAAAUCAAAUGAAUUUCCUACUUACUACGUCAUGGUAUUUGUUCACUGUGAACCUAAUAAGCUGUUCUAUUACCACUCAAUAUUACCAACGUUUAAUAAAUCAACGAACAAAAGAAGCGUUGGAGUAUAAAUUACCCAACAGUAACAACGAAUUCAAACAGGGAGUCGAAUGUGAAAACACCGAAGAAUAUGGUGAAUUCGAUUUCGUAAUAGUCGGGGCAGGAUCAGCAGGAAGCGUCCUAGCCACACGACUAUCAGAAAUUGGCAAUUUCACCAUCUUACUGUUGGAAGCUGGAGGUGAAGAAGAUGACUUCAAUCAAAUACCUGCAUUUUGGGCGUACAAUCAAUUUAGUGAGAAAAAUUGGGGUUACUACUCCAUUCCACAAAAACACUUUUGCUUGGGGAUGAAUAACAGACAAUGUGCUGUUCCUCGAGGAAAACUAUUAGGUGGUACCAGCUCGAUCAACGGUAUGAUGUACUCUAGAGGCAACUGCAAGGACUUCGAUCAAUGGUAUCAAAUAGGAAACCGAGGGUGGUCCUGCAAAGACGUUCUACCCUACUUCAAAAAAUCCGAAAACACCCAGAUACAUGGUGACGAAAACUACCACGGCAAAGGGGGUUUCUGGAACGUUGAGUACCCGCUGCCAGAUUCACCACUGUAUCAAAAUUUCGUUAAUGGUAGUUUAGAACUCAAACAACCCAUUGUGGAGUACAAUGGCAAAAAUCAAAUUGGAACGUCACACAUACAGUCCAAUAUCAAACAUGGAAGGCGACAAAGUCUUGCAACCGCAUUUCUAGACAAUAGUCGGCAUCGCAGAAACCUGAAGGUUCUAACUAAGGGGCCAAUUCCAAGUUGGUGGCGCAAGUCACUGGUGCAGCGCAACUUUAUAAUGCUAAUUUGGGUAUCAAAGCCUACACUAGUGACCAAAGUCGUCAUUGAUCCACAAUCAAAAAAAGCAAAAGGUGUUGAAUUCGUCACAAGAAACAAAAAAUUCCACGUACGAGCUACGAAAGAAGUUAUUGUUUCUGCGGGUGCUAUAAACACACCACAGUUGUUGAUGUUGUCGGGAGUUGGACCGAAAGAUGAGUUAAGCAAAUUGAAGAUUCCAGUAGUCGCAGAUUUACCAGUUGGGAAAAACCUUAUAGAGCAUCUAAUUCUUACCUUGAUGGUUCGUUCAGACUACACGGCACCCAAAAUCUGUAUUAAUGAAUUGAUCCAACAAUAUUUGAACGGUUUUGGUGCGUUAACUAAAGGAGCAAAUAUGGGGGGCGUUGGCUACAUACAAACAAAAAACGAUUCCAGCGAAGUACCUACAAUAGAAAUUUUGGUUUCAGCGCCCCCUCACAUCGACAGUUCUAUUUUCCAGCGAGAAUUCAACUACAACAAAGACAUUAUCGACGGCUUACUCGGCACGAUCGAUCCACAAAGAGACAUAUUUUUCUACAUAGUACUACUUCACGAGAAAUCUAGGGGACGAAUUUUCUUAAAUUCAGGCAGUCCGAUUGAUUUUCCAAACAUCGAUUUUAACAUGUUGUCUGAACAGGAGGACGUAGACACUAUGAUUGAAGGUGUGAAGUACGUCCAGAAGCUCAUAAAAACCCAUGCUUUCAGAAAAAUUAAUGCAACCUUACUGGAAGUUCCUGUUUGCACUAAUUUUAAAAUCAGUUCUAAAGAAUACAUGGAAUGUUUAAUUCGUAACUUAGCCAUUAGUGGCUCCCACCCCUGUGGAACAGCAGCGAUGGGACCAAACAAUGGAAAUUUUGUUGUUGGUGACACUUUGCAAGUACAUGGAGUUGGAAAUUUGAGGGUUGUUGACGCGUCGAUUUUCCCAUCGUCGAUUUCUGGGCACUUGAACGCACCCACAGUCAUGGUAGCGGAGAAAGCUGCUGAUCUUAUUAAAAAGGAGCACAAAUAUCUUUAAAUAAAUCUGUUAUUGAAACUUUCCCACAAACUUAUUAAUAAAAUUGAAAACCUAACAAA